AUGCAAUAUAACUUUAAGGUACGCCAAUCUGGCACAUAUUGGUACCAUUCGCACAAUAUGGGCCAGUACCCCGACGGACUGCGAGGCCCUAUCGUUGUGCAAACUCCCGAUACUCCAUUCGACUUCGACGAAGAAUUCACCCUUACCUUGGGAGAUCACUACCACGAACAAAUGCCUUCUCUGCUUAACAAAUAUGAGUCUCUUCGAAAUGGAGCCCAUGGGGGCCUAGAACCUCUUCCAAAUUCCUUGCUGAUCGGUUUCGCGCAGACAACCCAGAUAGCAUUAUACGUGUGUGGCUUCUUCAUUGCCAUGUAG